AAUGCGCGUCAUGUAAACAACAGAGCUCAGUCGGAAUUGGUGUCUUGUGGUGAAAUCUCACUGCUACGCUUUCUUGCAGGGUUUUGGCUUUCCUUUGUUCACUGAAGGCAACAAGGAUGAGUUCUUCACACGCCGAAAAGGAUCUGGAUAACACUAAUUGUAGUCGUGGUGUUUGGUUGGUGAAAAUUCCCAAGUAUAUGAAAGAUAAGUGGGUAGAAUGCCCAGGAGAUGUUGGGAAGCUCAGAAUUAACAAGGCCCCAGGAAAGGUACCAACAGUUACGUUCAAGUCUGCAGAAAACUUGAUGGAUAGCAAGACCCCAAGAGAACACAAAUUCAUUUUACACAGUGUAAAAGAACAAACUUUAGGGGUGUUUUCACAUACAGUCUCCAGUGGAAGCAGUGAUGCUGUGGUUCCAGAGACAGAGAAACUAUUUAUGGAAGGGCAGGUCAUCCAGAAAUUUGAGUGUCAGCCAGUUGUGGAUACAUAUUACUUGAACCAGAAGCGAGAAGCAGUAAAGAAGGCAGCCCAGCCAUGUCGCCAGUCGAUGUUUAUCUCGAGGCCUGUCACAGUCUACCGCCCUAUUGCGGCUCACAAGCAUACUAUUGAGGUAGAAGAACGUAAGAAAGCUGAGGGUAAAAAGGCUCGUGAUGAUAAGGACAAAGUCAUGGAAAUGCUCUUUGCUGCCUUUGAAAAACAUCAGUACUAUAACAUCAAGGAUCUGCAGAAAAUUACACGUCAACCAAUUACAUAUCUGAAGGAGAUACUGAAUGAAGUAUGUGAUUACAAUGUCAAGAACCCUCACAGGAACAUGUGGGAAUUAAAGCCGGAGUACCGGCAUUAUAAGGCUGACGAGGUAGAGGCUGCAGAUGAUCCUAAUAGUGACUAAGGAUUUGAACUUCGCUAAGGCAUUCUUAUCAUGAGGCUCAUCGUGAUGAACUCCCCAUCCUCAUGCCAUGGUUUCAUUUUUUGUGUUAUGGUAUAUACAAAGAGUUGGUACCUUUUGUUUUUAUUGUCUUUGGAGUAGGAAGAAAAAAUAUUAUUAUUAUUAUUUUUUUUUUUAUCUAUUACUUUCUGGUAAAUUUUAUUGAUGCAGGUAUAAUUUUUUUUUUUUUUUUUUUUUUUUAUAAUAAUAAUAAUAAUAAUGUACACAUUUACUAUUGAUUUUAUAAAGAUUGAAUUUGUGUAAAGAUUCCUACAUGUAGCUCCUCCAUGUCAAACGUGUCCAUUUCAAAGUAUUAGGCUGUGGUAUGAUUUUUUAAAAUAAUUUCUGUGGUAAUACUUUUACAGCAAGGGGUUUUAGCCUAUAGAAAUGUUUGAAAUUAUUAUGACCUUUUCUAGAUAUAAUAAAAAAGCAAGGUUU